AUGUCUGGAGUAAACAAGUUUCUUACAUUUCUUACAAUCCUCAUCUUUAUGCAUCUCUCUGAAACCCCAUUUGCUGAACAGAACCAGCAGUGUGUCCCUUCUAGUUGUGGGCAUAUUCAUAACAUCAGUUACCCCUUUAGAUUGAAAAGUGAUCCGAAGCACUGCGGCCAUGAAAAUUAUGAAUUGAGCUGUGAAGGGAAUCGCACAAUAUUAUCAACAUUAUAUAAUGAUGUAUCGGAUUACUACGUAGUACAAGCCAUUAAUUAUGAUAACUCCACUAUUCGCCUUGUAGAUCCUGGUAUAAGAGAACAAGUUGUUUGUUCUCUUCCACAUUCAGUAUACAGUUUACCAAUUGGUUUUGGAACUUACUCCCGGAGGUAUCUACCUAGAGAUGGCGGUUUUCCAAUUGAUUAUUUUAGUUUAGUAGAAACAAUCACUAUUUUCAGCUGUCCAUUUGCCAUAAAUUCUUCAGUCAUUGUGGAAAUUACCAGUUGUCUCAACAGGAGUUAUGCUUCCAAUGCUUCUUCCGACUUAUUUAUGAGACACACAUAUGCAACCAUGGUCAAAAUUUUCCCAACCGACUUGAGAGUUGGGUGUAGUAUAGACCUUCUGCCAUUGACUUCAUGGCAUACAGAGGAUGCAAAUGCUAAUAUUUCUAUUUUAAGUUUGCAUAAUGCUUUGGCAUAUGGGUUUGAGCUUUCAUGGUUUAGUUACGUUUACUGCGGCAAGUGCUACAAUUCAAAUCAGAUCUCACUCAUUCCUCCUUUUUUCUCUUGUUCUGGAUUUUCUUCUUUUGAAGUUCCUUCAAGACGUGUUCUCAGCGUUCUUACAAGAAUAGUCCCAUGGAUGCUUCCUAUAACUGGUAAGCCACAUCUGAUGUCAUUAAACAUUGAUCUGUUAGGAAUUGGAGGACUUUAA